AUGGAGCGGCGCGUGUGGUACCAGUUUCCGGGUAGGACGGCGGAUUUCGUUGACCUAGUCGAUGGUGUUCACAGCAUUGGUGACUUUCGAGGGGCUCUCUUCACUGCUUGUCCGCAAAUUUUGGGCCGCGUGUACCACGAUGAAGUGAAAGUGUACGAGUCUCUGGCUUUGGCUGAAGAAAAGAGGCCUCUCGAUUUCUCGAGGAAAGUGGAUGGCCUUGGAGUAGCCGAAAAGCAGCCUCUUAGAGUGGAGUUUGAUCCGCCGGCCCCCUUUCCGCUAGUGCAGAUCAUCCAAGACGGUUUGAGACUUGAAGUGCCUCAUCUAGAGCGAAAGGAGCUGCUGGAGAGAAUCUACGCGGGCUUGGAGGCGCCGCACAACCGGUUCGUCGUCUUGUCAUCCCGUGAAGGCUCGGGGAAGACGUCGCUGCUGCAGCUCUUCGCUCAGCGCUACUCACAUCUGAACUGUGUAUCGGUCUCGUUCGCUCGCGAUCUCUCCGCCAAUUCAAUUCUGCGCCGGCAAGGAGAAGUCGACAUCUACCAGCAAGAGUCCACGCUGAGGGCCGACCAAGAGCACGUGAUCAUGAUCGACUUCGCAGAGAAGAAGUUCGACGACAAUCUGUACUGGGAAGCUUUGGUUGACGCAGCUUCGACGUGGCUGCCACCGAAUAUUCGCUUUAUCAUAUCGGUGACGCAUACUCUGGACUACGGAGUGGAGAGCCCAAAGGUGUUGAAGCCAAUGAUGACAUUCGGACGGAGCGAUUUCCUGUUGAGUGACGACGAAGCGCGGACGUUUCUGACGAUGCCAGCGAUCGGAUUGCCCGCCCAAAUGCAAAAGCCCAACUUGAUCCAGAUUUUGGUGCGUGAGGCUGACGGACUUAUCAGUGCGUUGCGAGUUUUUAUUGACGAGGUGGUGAUCGCGUUCGGCAGGACUGCUUCGCCAUCGGAGGCCGAGUUGAUCACAGUGUGUUUAUCUUUUCAUACCCUGGGCCACAUGUUGCGGUGCUAUGGCAAACUCAUUGAGCCAGCCAGUCUCUCACUCAAACAGUUUUUGAUAAAAUGUUUUGUUCUGGCUCCGGCUCCUGUGCCGUUGAGGCCGAAGCUGGAGAAAAAGCUGUCGAAUAAACGCAACAAGUGCUUGAUAACGCUGAAGAAAGCUGGGGUGGGGUUCCCCUCGAAGUUGGAACGAAGCACGUGA